AUGCUUAUGGAAUUACCCGAUGAAACCGAACAGAGCGAUAGCGGAAUGGAGUCUCUGACUGCGAGUAAAGAUGAUACACCAGAACGCAGACCGGAAGAUAUUUUUAUAACUCCAGUGGUUGUUGGAACUUCGCCUACCGCUGGUAAUCCACCUUGUACAACCCUCAAAGAAUAUGAUGAUGAACCAGAUGAAACCUUAUCAGAAAGAUUGUGGGGCUUAACAGAAAUGUUUCCAGAGUGCGUUCGCAAUGGCACUUAUACAGUUACUACUAAGUCAUGGAGUGGCAUUAAAAACUUAUAUCAAUUAUCCCGUUCAGUUAUGUGGGUGGUGGCUAGUUCCUCAGUCAUUCUUUUUGCUCCAGUUAUAUUUGAAGUAGAAAGGGCCCAAGUAGAAGAAAUUCAAAAGUCUCAACAAAAGCAAGUGUUGCUUGGAACAAAUGCUGCUAUGGCAGGACCUACUCCUGGCAUGCCCCCCAUGCCUCGA